AUGACAACGGCCCAUGACGCAGUCUUGCCCGCGAAGAAGGGUCAGCAUGUGGAUAUGGAGGACAGCAGGAGGAAGAAGUUGGACAAGAAGAGCCCGGAGUAUCUCAUAAAGAGCGGGCUUGCGGGAGGGUUCGCCGGGUGUGUUGCGAAAACUGUAGUAGGCCCCCUUGACCGCGUCAAAAUCCUCUUCCAAACCCAUAAUCCCCAGUUCGCCAAAUACGCAGGCUCAUGGUCCGGGUUUCCUACCGCAAUCCGCGACAUAUACGCCACCGCCGGCUUCACAGGCCUGUUCAAAGGCCACUCCGCUACCCUUCUUCGUAUCUUUCCAUAUGCCGGCAUUAAAUUUCUUGCAUACGAGCAAAUACGCGCGCGAGUGAUCAAGAACAAGGCACAGGAGACCUCGGUCAGGAGGUUCGCUAGCGGCAGUUUGGCGGGUAUGAUGAGUGUCUUUCUCACCUAUCCCUUGGAGGUUAUAAGAGUCCGGUUAGCUUUCGAGACGAGAGUGGAACACAAGAGCAAUCUACGCUCGAUAGUAAGGAAAAUCUACUCAGAACAGCCACCUCCGAUAUCACAUAACCCUACGAACGCUGUGGCAGCAACAGCGACGCAUGUUGUUGAAAAGGUGACCCCCCGAUCGGGUCUUCCAAACUUCUUUCGCGGAUUCACGCCCACGCUUCUCGGCAUGAUCCCCUACGCAGGGGCAUCUUUUCUGGCACACGAUUCAAUGUCUGAUUUGAUGCGGUUCCCAGUUCUCGCUCCCUACACUACAUUACCACACACUUCUCGUGAAGAAAGCACAACUACAUCCCACAAGCCUGCACAGCUGCGGUACUGGGCGGAGCUCAGCUCGGGUGGAAUCGCAGGCUUGGUUUCACAAACCGUCUCAUACCCACUAGAAGUAAUCAGGCGGCGUAUGCAGGUCGGCGGUGUAGUCGGUGAUGGACAUCGCCUCAGUAUCGCCGAGGUAGCGAAGAGGAUAUAUCUUGAACAGGGAUAUAGGGGUUUCUUCGUCGGGUUGACGAUUGGAUAUGUCAAAGUGGUACCUAUGGCGGCGGUGAGCUUCUAUGCCUAUGAACGGGGCAAGUACUAUCUUGGGAUAUGA